CUUAUUUAUUAAGUGUUUGAGAUAAUUCUAUUCAGAUAGCAAAUAUCGAUGCUACGAGCAAAGAAUUAAGUUUCUAUCAAGGUGAUAUAAAAUAGUUCAAGUACUCUGCAAGUACCAUGCGUUUGCUACUUCUCAUAACAGUACUGUGGAAAUUCCCUUUUUAUAGAGCCCUGACGUGUUUAAAAUGCGACGACGUUGUGCAGCCACGCCACUGCACAACGGUCAUGACCUGUCCAGAUACUGACGUGUGCUUUGUUGAAAGAAGAAUUAAUUCGUUUGGUGAAGAAGGCUACGCUCUUGGUUGUAUGCGAGAUCAUGUGUGCAGAAAUAUAACAUCAAUAUCGUCGACAAGUCGCUGCGCACAUUGUUGCAUUAAAGAUCUGUGUAACCAGGAAGGUUGUGGCGAACCAGGUUAUCCUGAUUCUCGGGGUCCCAUAUGUUACAACUGUUUGGACGCAGUACCCGAAGGUCGGUGUCAUCAAAUUGAAAUAUGUCGACAAAGCGAGGUAUGCAGCGUCAGUGGCAAAGGCAUGUUUGGAACAACUGUGUUUGCAUCAAAAUGCAUUCAACAAGAAAGCUGUGGCGCGCACCAUGGAGUAGACAUAAUUGGAAAGCGUGGUCAGAUGUCAGCGAUACGUGCAUACGACGUUCACGACUGCUUUCAGUGUUGUACUUCGGACCUUUGUAACAGGAACUGCCAUAACAGCGUGGAUGGUCAAUGGGGAACGUGGGGCCAAUGGUCGAUGUGUGAUGUCAAUUGUAAUCAUAUACGAAUACGGUCGUGCAACAAUCCAGCUCCGGAAGAUGGUGGAAGAAACUGCAGAGGUCUUGCGGUUGAAGUUGCACAUUGUUCAGUCUGUUUGGCAAAAGAUUGUUCCGAGUUGUUGGUUCAUGACGCGAGGCUAAGAAGUGGCGUGUACAACAUCACUACUCCUCUAACGCACACACAGGUACAGGUGUACUGUGACAUGGACACUGAUGGAGGAGGAUGGACGAUAUUUCAAAGACGUUUCAACGGAAGUGUUGAUUUUUACCGAAACUUUAGUGACUAUGAAAACGGAUUCGGCAAUGUGGCUGGUGAAUAUUGGCUAGGACUUAAAUACAUCUACGAAAUAACAUCAAACGGUUCCUUUCAACUUCGCGUGAACAUAACACAUGGUGACGGAAGUACAGGUUAUGAUGUAUACAGCAAUUUCAGUCUUCAACACGGAACAAACUAUACACUAAAUCUUGGAGAACGUGUAAAGUCACAAGGCGUUGAUUCGAGUUACACAUUCUUCACAGACUCGGCACCUGUUGGAAAUGCCUUCAGUACGUAUGAUCUUGAUCGUGACAACUAUGGGCCCAAUUGUGCCGAAACGUUCAAAGGUGGCUGGUGGUAUAAUGCGUGCUACCGCUACAUAAACCUUAAUGGCUUGUACAAACCUGGACGCGUUGAUAAUACGGCUAUGCUAUAUGACAAUGGCGUUGGACUUACUUCGAGCACGAUUAUGUUUAAAGACACAUUCCAGAAAGCAUGAUCCGGGUACAAGAAUCCGUGAUUUUUACUAUAAGAAAGUCAACUUAUUUUAAAAUAUUUGAUUUAUUGCCAGCGGCUUUCCUUGUUGUAGUCAUAAAUAAAAUCCAACACGA